AAAAUCAGCGGAUGAAACUAAUUCCUCACUUAUUGACAGUGUAUGUUUGAAGAAAAGAAGGAUACGAAGAAAACACAAUUGUAUUUACUGCGACAUCCCUGUUUUAAAUUUUGCUAGACACCUUGAAAGAAUUCAUAGUGAUGAACUUGAGGUUCAAAAAUACUUAUCUCUUGACAAAAAGGAUCCGAAACGAAAAUAUUUCAUUGAUAAAAUACGAAAGGAGGGAGACUUCUGCAUUGGCAAAUCCGUACCUGUGUUUCGUAGAAAUGUUUUAAGUAAUAGUGAUGAAUCUUCGACUAAUUCAAACAUGCUUCCAUGUAUACACUGUAAAGGAUAUUAUGCCAAAAAAUCGCUUCGGCGCCACAUUAGACGGUGCUAUUUUAAUGAAAAAAAGGCAACAGGAAAAGUACGACAUCAGUCCGAAGCCCAAAACCUAAUGGCUACUAAUUUUGGAUCAACCGAUCCACUAAGGACUUCGGGUGUUUUAAAUUCACUAGCUGCGGAUGACAUCUCUUUAGUAGCAAAGAAAGACAAACUUAUAUGCGAUGUAGGAAGGAAAUAUGUAAAAAGUCAUAAAGACAGACAUCUGAUUCAAGUAGCCAAACGACAAAUGCGGCGUUUAGCACGUCUUCUAAUACAAUCCAGGAAAAUUGAAAACAAUAGCAAUUUAACGUUAUUUUUCCUCCUACAUCCCUCAAAGUUUAAAACAAUUGUGUCCGCAACUCGGUCAAUUGCGAAUUAUAAUAACGAGAGCAAAUGUUUCCAGUCACCAUCACUUGCUCUUCAGAUGGGUACAUUAAUUAAAAAAGCAAUCAGUUCUGCUUAUUCUGUGGAGGUUCAAAGGGAUGUCGAUUCUGCUAAUAUUAAGAGCUUAGACGUCAUGAAAAAACUUAUCGAUGAUCAAUGGGCGUUAGAAAUAUCGACUGAAGCUGGACAGAAUAUUCAAAUCAAUCGAUUUAAUAAACCGACCCUGAUUCCCAUGGCUGAGGAUAUUGCUAAAAUGAAGACUUAUCUGGAUGAGCUUAUAACAUCUUCAAUAACUCACCUGGAUGAAAAUGUGAAUAACACACAAGCGUACAAAUGUCUGCUCGAAGGUACAUAUUGCAGCUUACUACUUUUUAAUAAGAGACGAGUAGGGGAGCUGCAGAGAUUACCUUUAGAUAUUUAUUUAAAACAUCAUGAUUCUCAAUCUUCUAAAGAGUUUGAGAAAGUCCUAACAGAAACCGAGAAAAUUUUAGUUCACUCUUUAAAACGCAUAGUAAUAAGAGGUAAGAGAGGUAGAGGCGUACCUGUUCUGUUUGACAAAUUGACCAAAAGUGGAGUUGACACUUUAAUUAAAUAUAGGAAUAAUUUUUUUACCUCUUACAACGAAUACCUAUUUGGCAUACCGAAUACUAUUAACUGCAUCAGUGGAUAUCAUGUUCUCAGAAAGCAUGCUUCUAAGGUGUUGAAUGAUGCAAACAAAAUCACUACCCUCACGUCAACUCCCCUCAGAAAACACUUAGCAACAAUAAUACAAAUUUUAAAAAUGGAAAAGGGUGAACUAGAACAACUAGCAAAAUUUAUGGGGCAUACCUCAAAAACUCAUGAUGAGUGGUAUCGUCUCCCGUCAGACAUUUACCAAACCGCAAAAGUUUCCAAAAUAUUAUUGCUCGCUCAAAACACUAAUAUUGACCAAUAUAAAAAUCGAAAUUUAAAUGAGAUUGAAGUCGAUAACGAGAUAUUGGAAGACGCAGAAGAAGCUGAUAGUGACGAAGAAAAUACUAAUCAACCUAUUCUUCAACAAAAUGAAGUAAACAUCCCGUCACAAAAUAGAAUAAAGGAGAAAGGUAAACGUAUUUUAGUUCCAUGGACAAAAGAGGAAAAAGAACUUACGCAAAAAUUCUUUGCACGUCAUAUUAAGAAGAAAAUUCCGCCAAAAAAAAUGGAAGUUUUAAAUUUGGUAGAAAAGUAUCCAAAUGUUUUUAAAAACAGGAAAUGGGACACAAUAAAAGUAUUUGUACAAAAUAAAUAUAAAUCACAAUAAUUCAUUCAAGUGAUUACGAUUUUCAAUAAAAUAUUCUAUUACAA